GUCUUGCCAGUGGCUUGGAGUGCGGGACAGGUCACAGAAGGCAUUUUCAAUGGGGAACAUUUUUGAGAAACUGUUUAAAAGUCUGUUUGGGAAGAAGGAGAUGCGAAUUCUGAUGGUGGGUUUGGACGCAGCUGGGAAGACCACCAUCUUGUAUAAAUUAAAGUUGGGAGAGAUUGUAACCACCAUACCUACAAUAGGGUUCAAUGUGGAGACAGUAGAAUAUAAAAAUAUCAGCUUCACAGUCUGGGAUGUUGGUGGCCAAGACAAAAUCCGACCUAUGUGGCGACACUAUUUCCAGAACACCCAAGGUUUGAUCUUUGUAGUGGACAGUAACGACAGAGAGCGUGUCAAUGAGGCCCGGGAAGAGCUGACGCGGAUGUUGUCUGAGGAUGAGCUCCGAGAUGCAGUUCUGCUGGUGUUUGUGAACAAACAGGACCUUCCCAACGCGAUGAAUGCAGCGGAGAUAACAGACAAACUUGGCUUACAUUCCCUCCGCCAGAGAAACUGGUACAUCCAGGCGACUUGUGCCACCAAUGGAGACGGGCUCUACGAAGGCCUGGACUGGCUCUCCAACCAACUCAAGAACCAGAAGUGACAGGCCCUACUGGUGGCCUGUUCCCUGUUCAUCGUGGCCAAGUCAGCUGCCUCUUGUGUGUGCGUGUG